AUGGCGGAGAUCAAGAUCGACAGCAAGCUCUUCCAGGAGCGCCUCUCGCACCUCGUCACCGCCUGGAAGAAUGACCUCCGAUCCAAGGAUGGCCUGUUUGGCGGCGCCUCGUCCCUCGUCAUCAUGAUGGGCAAGGUCGAGGAAGUGCCCGAAUUCCACAAGAACAACGCUAUGCAUUUCUGGCUUCUGGGCUACGAGUUUCCGACGACACUCAUGCUCCUCACCCUCGACGCUCUCUACAUCCUCACCACGGCAAAGAAGGCAAAACAUCUCGAGCAACUUAAGGGCGGCCGAUUUCCCAUCGAAGUACUCGUCAGAGGCAAGGAUGCCGCCGAGAACGAAGCGCUCUUUGUCGCCGUCACAGAUAAGAUCAAGGAAGCGGGGAAGAAAGUUGGCGUCAUCACCAAGGAUACGUCCAAGGGCCCCUUCGUCGACGAGUGGAAGAAGGUGUAUUCCGAGCGCUGCAAGGACAUCGAGGAGGUCGAUAUCUCCACCGCCCUGUCCACUCACGCCUUCUCCAUCAAGGACGAAAGCGAACUGCGUGCGAUGCGAACCGCUUCCAAAGCUUGCGUGGCCCUCAUGACGCCCUACUUCCUCGACGAAAUGUCCAACAUCCUCGACGCUGAGAAAAAGGUCAAGCACUCGGUGUUGGCCGACAAGGUCGAUAAGAAGCUUGACGAUGCAAAGUUCUGGAAGACCGUCGAGCUGCCCAGCAAGGGCAAGCUGCCUCCGGAUCUCGACCCCUCCCAGCUCGAUUGGGUCCUGGGGCCCUCCAUCCAGAGUGGCGGAAAAUACGAUCUGCGCUUCGCCGCCGAGCCGAACGACGACUUCUUGCACGCCGGCAUCAUCAUCGCCGCCCUCGGCCUGCGAUACAAGUCCUACUGCUCGUCCAUUGCACGAACGUACCUGGUCGAUCCCAACAAGUCGCAGGAGAGCAACUACAAGCUCCUUUACAUGGUACACAACACCAUCAUCAAGGAAAUCCGCGAUGGUAUGGCGGCAAAGGAUGUCUAUGCAAAGGCCCUGGCCGUCAUCAAGAGCAAGAAGCCCGAAAUGGAAAAGCACUUCUUGAAGAACGUUGGCUGGGGCGUUGGUCUCGAGAACAAGGACCCUACCCUUGUGUUGAACGCCAAGAACCAGCGAGUUCUCAAGGACGGAAUGACCUUGAUCAUCAAUACUGGGUUCCAGGAUAUCGAGAAUCCCCAGCCUCAAGACAAGAACAGCAAGAUCUACUCACUCGUUCUCACCGAUACUAUCCGAGUAACUUCGGCAGAGCCAGUGGUCUUUACUGCUGAGGCGCCGACAAGCGCCGACGCCAACUCAUUCUUCUUCAAGGACGAUGAGGAGGCGCAGCCCACGCCCAAGAAGGAGAAGAAGGAUUCGAGGGUCGGUGCGGUCGCAACUAAGAACAUUACCAGCACCCGCCUUCGCUCCGAGCGCACAGCAACAACGGAUGAGGACGCGGACAAGAAGCGUCGCGAGCAUCAAAAGGAGUUGGCCGCCAAAAAGCAAAAGGAGGGCUUGGCCCGAUUCGCAGAGUCAACAGGCGGCCAAAACGGCGGGGAGGUCAAGAAGUUCAAGCGCUUCGAGUCGUACAAGCGAGACAACCAGUUCCCACCAAAGAUCAAGAACCUGGAGAUUGUCGUCGACUCAAAGAACAACACUGUUGUUCUUCCCAUCAUGGGUCGGCCCGUUCCCUUCCACAUCAACACCAUCAAGAACGCCAGUAAGAGUGAUGAGGGGGAAUUCGCCUUUUUGCGAAUCAACUUUUUGUCCCCCGGUCAAGGUGUCGGCAGGAAGGAUGAUCAGCCGUUUGAGGAUGCGUCUGCUCACUUCGUCCGCAGCUUGACAUUCCGAUCGCUCGAUGGAGACAGAUACAGUGAGAUAGCAACUCAAAUCUCAAACCUAAAGCGCGACGUUGUCAAGAAGGAGCAGGAGAAGAAGGAUAUGGAGGAUGUCGUGGAGCAGGACAAGCUGGCGGAAAUCAGAAACCGUCGUCCCGCUGUCUUGGACAACGUGUAUAUCCGUCCAGCUAUGGAGGGCAAGAGGGUGCCUGGAAAGGUCGAGAUACACCAGAACGGUAUCCGAUACCAGUCGCCUCUCAAUGCCCAGCAUCGCGUGGACAUUCUCUUCUCCAACGUCAAGCAUCUCUUCUUCCAGCCCUGCCAGCACGAGCUGAUUGUCAUCAUCCACAUUCACCUCAAAGACCCCAUUAUCGUGGGCAACAAGAAGAAGACCAAGGAUGUGCAAUUCUACCGUGAAGCUACCGAUAUUCAGUUCGACGAAACUGGUAACAGGAAACGAAAGUAUCGCUAUGGAGACGAGGACGAGUUCGAGGCGGAACAAGAAGAGCGUCGCCGCCGUGCUGAACUGGACAGACUGUUCCAGGGCUUUGCCCAGAAGAUUGCCGAAGCCGGUCGCAACGAGAACAUCGAGGUUGACAUGCCCAUCCGGGAGCUGGGAUUCAACGGCGUGCCAUUCCGCAGCAACGUCUUCAUUCAGCCCACUACGGACUGCCUCAUCCAGGUGGUGGAACCACCCUUCAUGGUCAUUACCAUUGAAGAUAUUGAGAUUGCCCACUUGGAGCGUGUUCAGUUUGGAUUGAAGAACUUUGAUAUGGUUUUUGUCUUCAAGGAUUUUACACGGCCUCCAUACCACAUCAACACCAUCCCGGUCGAAUUUCUCGAUCAGGUCAAGGACUGGCUGGACUCUUCAGACAUCGCCUUCACCGAGGGUCCUCUCAACCUCAACUGGCCGACUAUCAUGAAGACGGUCAACCAAGAUACACACCAGUUCUUCGUCGACGGCGGCUGGUCAUUCCUGCAGGCCGACUCUGAUGAUUCAGGCGCCGAGGACGAGUCCGAGGAAGAAUCAGCCUUCGAGAUGGACGAGGAUGAGCUGGACGAGGCAUCCGAGUCCAGCGAAGAAGACUCUGACUUUGGCAGCAACGCCAGUGACGAUGAUGACGAUGAGGAAGCUGACGUUGACAGUGAGGAUGAGGGCGAGGACUGGGAUGAGCUGGAGAAGAAGGCCAGGAAGCGCGACCGCGAGAGUGGUCUGAAUGACGAUGAGGGCAAGGGCGGCAAGAACAAGCGCAAGCGAUGA